AUGUUCAAGUUCCCAGGAGUGGUGUUCAUCACCGGUGCUGGCGGGACAGGUAUCGGAGCAGCCGUGGCCAAGGGAUUUGCGCGGUCUGGGUGCUCAAGGAUAGCCAUUACCGACCUCAAUAAAAAGUCCCUUGCCAGCACACGAGAUGCGAUUCUCGAGGCCAACCCAAAGGCUGACGUCUUGAGCCGCGAUGGUGACAUUUCGGAUGAGAAUUUCGUGAACCAAUUAGUGGGAGAUGUUGCAAAGAAGUUCUCUCGCAUCGACUAUUCUGUGAGUUGUGCGGGUAUCCUGGGAAAAUCAUUACGAUCUCACGAGACUUCGACGGCUGCAUUCGAUCUCAUCACGAACGUCAACUAUAGAGGCAGCUGGCUGGUCUCUCGAGCAGUGCUUGGUCAUAUGCUGAAACAGAAGCCAUUGGAAGAACAUGGUGGACAAAGAGGCUCAAUUGUGAAUAUUGCCAGUCAACUUGGAAUCGUUGCUAGGCCAUCAGCUGCUCCUUACUGUGCCUCAAAAGCGGCCAUUAUCAACAUGACGCGAUCUGACGCUAUUGAUUACUCCCAAGAUGGUAUUCGGGUUAAUUGCGUGUGCCCAGGGGUCAUUGCGACGCCAAUGACGACAGCGUCCGAGGAACUAGUCCAAAGAUUGAAGCCAGCAAUUGAUAUCGCUCCAAUGAAGCGUAUGGGAACACCGGAGGAAGUAGCUAAUGCAGUUUUGUUCUUGUCUUCUAGCCAGGCGUCAUUUGUCCAGGGACACGCACUUGUUGUCGAUGGCGGUUAUAUCAUAAACUAA